CGGCGGGAGGGGGGGCGGUGUCACAUGGCCGGCGGGGCGGCGGUCGCGCAUGCGCGCGCAGAGAGCGGGCUGCUGCGGGCCGGGCCGGGCGGCCGCUCCCCUCGCUGGCAGUGCUCGCUAAGAUGGCGGACUUCCUGCCGUCGCGCUCCGUGCUGUCGGGCUGCUUCCCCGGCUGCCUGCUCACCAGCGGCGAGGCCGAGCAGCAGCGCAAGUCCAAGGAGAUCGACAAGUGCCUCAACCGCGAGAAGACCUACGUGAAGCGCCUCGUCAAGAUCCUGCUGCUGGGCGCGGGCGAGAGCGGCAAGUCCACCUUCCUCAAGCAGAUGCGGAUCAUCCACGGGCAGGACUGGGACCGGGCGGCCCGCGAGGAGUUCCGCGCCACCAUCUACAGCAACGUGAUCAAGGGUGUGAGAGUCCUCGUAGAUGCCAGAGAGAAACUUCAUAUUCCUUGGGGAGAUCCCACCAACCAGAGUAAUGGAGAUACGAUGAUGGCUUUUGAUACGCGAUCAGUCACAGUGGUGCAAGGAAUGGUGGAGACAGCGGUUUUUUUACAGUACCUUCCAGCCAUCAGGGCGCUAUGGGCAGAUAGUGGUAUCCAGCACGCAUACGACAGGCGCAGAGAAUUCCAGCUGGGGGAGUCUGUAAAAUACUUCUUGGACAACUUGGAUAAACUUGGAGAACAAGAUUAUCUUCCAUCACAGCAAGAUAUUCUGCUGGCACGAAGACCCACAAAAGGGAUUCACGAGUACGAUUUCGAAAUAAAAAAUGUUCCUUUCAAAAUGGUUGAUGUAGGUGGCCAAAGGUCAGAACGGAAACGUUGGUUUGAAUGCUUCGACAGUGUCACAUCAAUACUCUUCCUUGUUUCCUCAAGUGAAUUUGACCAAGUGCUUAUGGAGGAUCGGCAAACGAAUCGCCUUACAGAGUCUCUGAACAUUUUUGAAACAAUAGUCAAUAACCGGGUUUUCAGCAAUGUCUCCAUCAUUCUCUUCUUAAAUAAGACGGACUUGCUUGAGGAAAAAGUACAAAAAGUGAGCAUCAAAGACUAUUUUCCAGAGUUUGAAGGGGAUCCCCACUGCUUAACAGAUGUCCAAAAAUUCCUAGUGGAUUGUUUUCGUACCAAACGCCGGGACCAGCAGCAGAAGCCCCUCUACCACCACUUCACCACUGCUAUUAACACAGAAAACAUCCGGCUAGUUUUCCGUGAUGUCAAGGAUACCAUCCUUCAUGAUAACCUCAAGCAGCUUAUGCUACAGUGAUGUGCAAAAAGACAUUUUUAUUUGAAUAACUUCUGUGUGUUGUUUUUAACUAGAAGUUUACAGCAGGAGUAGAGAAAUCCAGAUCCUGUAAGACUUCUUGAUAUGUGGCUAAAAGCUGCUGCUGAACACAUUAUUGCCAAUUUCUGCAGAAAUUCAGGCUUAAGCCCUUCCAGUGUAGCUUCAAGUUGACUCAAGUUGUUAUUUUAUAGCAGACCUAUGUCUAAGUUACCUGUAAAGUGAUUAAAUUUGACCUUUUAAGAGCAUGUAUGCUAAAAAGAAAAAAAAAAAAAAAACCCCAAAACUAGAAAAUUCAUUCCACCUUCAGAAUUCCAAGUCCAGACUUCAGUGAAAUUGUUGUAAUUGUUAGACUUUGGCAGUAAUUAAAAAAAAAAAAAACUUUUCACAUCUAACUUCAUAAAGAAGACUGUGAUUCCAUAGCUGACUCACAAUUUCUCAGGUCUUUUGUUGGUUGGAAAUUCCAUAAAUCCUUGCUGGAAUCAUCUAUUUGAGGCUAGAAUACCUGGUGUAACGUACUUCCUCUUUAAGUAUAAAUCCUUGCAUGGGUUUUGAUUAGGACAUGCUUUAAAAAUACUUAGAUUGGGAGCUUCAGGCAUACCUGGCAGGAAGCACUAAGGCAGGCAGAAGUCUAAUGACUAGGAAGUAGUAAAUGGCACAGUACACUCUUUCACUCCACUGCAUUUGUCAGUACUCUACAUCCUAGAGCCAUGACAAAGCACAGAGCACGACGAUACGGUUCUCUUGAAAUUCUGAUGUGGGAAGGGGGAAUAAGCUAAACUUGUAUUUCUUAUUUCCACUAACCAGAGGUUACAUGUAGGUACCUUACCUGUUCUUGAAGCGCUUUAAUAUAUCACUGUGGGGUUUGUUGUUUUGUUUUUACUUUCUUCAUAACAAUACAGCGUGCCUAUUCUUUAUCAGUAAGCAUUUGGUGAUGGAUAGAAGUACUCGCAAACCUAAGUGCCUCUUUGUGUUCUGUCCUACAGUAUUUUCAGUGGCCUUAUGUGAGCGCGCGUGUUCCCAGCAGAGGCCUUGUGUAGCUAACACCACUAAGGUGAAUGUUUGUUUUUGAAAAAAGAACAACAUGUCACAGCAGAAGAUGCUUCAGGUGACAAGAUUCUCUUUGAAACUUUCCAAUUGGGUCUAGAAAUCCUAAGUGUACUUGAGCCAAAUAUGUUGCACAGCAUACUCUAGCAUACUGCUUGUGACUAAUAAUAUUUUACCAAAAGUUCCACUGCAGUUCUCUCUCUUUUUUUCUCCUUUUUAGGGGCAGGGGGGCUUUAACAUGACCGCGUGACUAAAAAAUACUCUUUGAACAGAUAUCCUCGUACACCACACAGAAUAUUACUAAAUAAAAGUAAGCUUACCAGCUUGCAUUUUACAAAGUAGUGCCGCUACCAGGUUUCCUGCAGACUGAAGUUCCCUGUAGACUGUUCUGCUUGCCACUUUGCUCCAUGGAAACUGCUAAUUCCUGUGGAUGAUGAUGCUGGCCAUACUGUCUUGAACGGUUUUUAUAACAUAAUACAAAUGUGGCAAGAGGUGUGACACAAUAUUCAAGCUGCUUUGAGCAGUAUCCCUUCAAGUGUGAUAAUGUUGCUGGAACAUGGAAAAGCUGCCUGUCUUCUGAACUUAGCCUUUUACUUACUGUGAUUGUAAGUCGUAUUAACAUCUCUGUACCUCAUUCCCCUUCUACUGAAAGGAGAAUAGUGUAUGUGUACUUUAGUUAAGUGCUUUGAAAUACCUUUAUUUUUUGAUAUUGUCCAAUGCGUAGUCAUAGGUCUUAAACCUCAGUCUGUGAUUUAUGUGAUGGGGCGCUAUUUCUGGGAGGGAGGAAUUCUGGAGAGCGCUUGGGAGAAGUCACAGCGCAUAAUCUCCUAAACGUGAAGUCUGGGUGCGGUGUGGAUGUCAAGAGAGUAAAUAUGAUCUUCGCAUGGGCAUACUUCGUGUAGAUUUUACCUCCUUAUUAGGCAUGGAUAUGAUUACUUUUGGUUCGAUGUCUUCAGUUCCUGUAUGAGCAAUUCAAGAAGGAUGACUAACUAGAGAUAUCAAAAGAGAUUAAUGAGGUUAUGUAAAAGAUGGGACAGCAUGCCUGUGGUGGGGGUCAAAAAGCUCUCUUGUUUACCUCUUUGAAGAAGGAUUACAGGUUGAUUUGGUUGAGCUAUAAAUGUUAGGUCAGCAGGCAACGAACCUUUGUCUAAUAGCCUCAAAAGUGUAUGACAAAGUCCACUGUCUGGAAGCUGAAGUUGAACAAAUCCACACCCUUUUAGAGGUGGCAAUUAACCAUUGGAACAAAUCAAUGAGAGUAGUAGUAGGCUUUUUUUUCCAUUGCUAACAGUUGUUUGAACAAAUGUCUUAUAAAGGAGACUGUCUGCUCUGUUUAAAAUAAGAAUUAAUUUGGAGAGGGACUGUAGUAUGUGUUUGGCAGGAUGGCAGACUAGAUGAUUAUAAAGAAGACUUGAAACUGGAUAUUGGAUGAUAUGAAGACUACCAGGAAUAUGCCUGUCUAAACAAAUUCAUUUAUAUGAAAUGCUAAAUUUUUACAUCAAGGGACCUGUUAAUUUGCUAAAGAUCCUCAGAGCUGAUGAUAGUCUAAGGAUAUUGUCAGUAUUCCCAAGGCACUGGGCAUUCCUAACACUAGUUAAAGUAAAUAAUAUAUUCAACAGGCUUCUCCCCAAACCAAGUCUUUGGUUUCUACCCCCCUCCCGAAAGAAAGAAAGAAAAAACCAACCAAAAAAGUGGUUUUAAUUAAUGCAGGUUGCUUUCCCUGUGAGUGCUGGGGCUGCAAGCUAGCGAGUUGGAACCCCCGGCCUUGGGUUAGUGCUGACAAAGUAGGUCCUGGUACAUGAGCACUAUAUGAAUCUCAGGCAGAAAUGAAUGAUUUUAAUGAAAUCACUGAGUCAAAUCACUUGCCCACUCCCACUUCUUUAAGGGGGUGAGGGAACUAAUCUUGAUGUAGCUGUUUACAUGGCUCCUCUGCUAACAGCAUUCUGGCUGAACAAACUGAAGCAACAUUGGGCUUUCCACCUUCCAACGUGCUACUUGUGAGCUCCCUGAAAGGGAGCAUGUCGUAUUUCUCUUUAGAUGUGUUUCUAAAUAGUAUUUCUUUAUGGCAGAAUAUAAUUUUGGUACAAGAGAUGAGGACUUUGUAGUUGAACAGACUGAUUUGUAUCCUGAAGCAAAUAAACGAGUCAUGACUGGCUGGUAAGAGUGAAGGUAGGUAGCGUAAGCCAGCGUGGGGUGCAGGGUCAGGAUUUCUAGUGAAGAAGGGAAGAGCAGGAAGGUUCCCGAGACUCUUGGUUCUCUUUCGGGGGAGUGAAGCUUGUUGGAGAGAUCACUGAUGAAUGACCCUGUCAAGAUUUACCGCUGUCUUGCACACCCUUCAUGUACGUGAAGGUGAAGCUGUUGUUUUAGCAGAUGUUCCCUGCUGCACUGUAUUACACUUAGUUGUAUGACGCCGGAAAACUGUGCCUGUUCACGAGGGCUUUAAAAAUUCUUCCUUUUUUUUUUUUGUCUGUUUUAUGUGGGAGCUUAAGCCAUCAAUUUGUGUAAAACUUAAGCUUUCUUUUAGACUACCUGCUCUUUAAAAAAGAAGAAAAUCAGGUGGGUUCAUUGCUCUCGAGGGCCGUGCAUGUAGACUCAUUUGCCUCCUAGCAGCUUUGAGCUUUGCCCUCGGGACGGUCCUGGCGAUGUUGCCCGGGCGAGGUGGGCGUCCCGAGCUUGGGGACGCUUGGCGAGUGGGAUCGAUGAACAGUUCCAGGUCGCCUGCUCAAACCGCAUCUUAUCAGUGUUCUCCAUUGGGCCCCAGAUUUGUCUGAGGUUUCUUUUUAUUUCUCUUUUUUUUAAUUUAAAAACAGGAACACAGUACUAGGUGAGGUUAUGGUCUCAUUGUUAGGAGAAAUUCAGUGCUUAAGGGCUGAGAAUCAUGCGUGUUUAACAUGUCCAUCGCAGACUGAAGACUUCUCUAGGCAUUUCUCUUUAAGGAUGAUUGCAGAAAAUUCAUUUUCCAACAAUAAUGUUUGCUGUUUCAAAAUGAUCAGAAGGUUUCAUGCCAUACUGAAUUGUUCACAAGUCAACUUUACAGGUCUUGCCUAUUUGAUGGUACCAUUAACGUAGUUUGUAUGUUUUUUUUUAAUUACACACCAUUGCAAUACAGUGCCAUUUUGCAAUUUCUUUGCAUUGUACUUGAAAAUGAAUUGCAGACUAUUUAAAACUGCUUUCCUGCGCUUUCAAGUAGCAGUGAGAGCUUACCUUACGUGAAGCCUUUAUGUAAAAAUAUAUUUUGUAACAACCUCAUAGAUCUUUAACAAAACCAAGAUUUGUAUUAGCUUUGUAUAAAUGUUUGUGGCUUACAAUUUUAUAUGUUUAACUUUUUAUAAACUUUCCAGGGACUACUUUUUAUUGUAAAUUUUUUUUCUCCUUGCUUUAGUUUGAUUGGCAAUAAAUUAUUUCUAAAGGAGGUCAUAGAAGAAGAAACAUCGCUUCCUUUUUAUAAAAUGGUUAAAUUGACUAAUAGUUUAAAACCUCUUACAUUUGCCUGUACAUUGCUCUGUACAUACUCUGCAGAAAUGUUGCCUUUCAGCUAUUAAUAUUUGCCUUGUGUACAAAAAUUACUGACGAUGAAUAAACAUAUACAGUCUCA